AUGGCUUCAUUACAGGUUUCGGGAUCCAUCAAUCAACGUUACUAUGAGAUCGUCUCCUACAUCAGGCCACUCAUGCUCGCCAUGGACAACAACCUCAGAUGCCGUUCGGCAUCCUUCGCGACGGCAACUGCCCCCGUCUUAUGCACGGCAUACACGGCAUGCCGUCACGAUGCUGACCGGUGUCUGACUCGGAAGAACUCGGCGCCUCACACCUCAGUGGCUCAACCAUCUGCAUCCUCACUUCUCCAUCCCGACCCGAAUAUCCUGGCAGCUAUUCGGCGCUGUGGAGCUCUGAUCCCAUACGUGCUAAACGUCUGCCGGAAAAAGGGUGAGAUUGACGCUAUAGUCUGGCACUAUCAGCUCUACGCGAGGCGCGAGACACGCAUCCAGAGUGGUCCAGGUGCAGCUCCUGGCAGGUCAGCCGGCUUGGUCGGCACAGUCCAAGCUGUCGGCGUGGUGCGCAAACAUGAGACACGGCGUGCAUACGACUUGCUGCAACUGCUUCCCGGUUUAGCUGCGGUGAGGUCUUUUCCCCGAGGUCAACCCGAGACCGUCUCCGAAAAGCGUGGGAUGGACCCAGUGAGUGGCAAGGCUCCGAGUCGGCCCGACGGCUGA